AUUUAAUUCAGAUGGCUGAGAUAGGAGAGGAGAUAACAAUAAAAAGAAAAAAAUAGUAUGGGUUAUGUUCAAAAUUAUGGUGUCUAAGAUGCAUGAAUUGUUGUAAAGUAUGAAAUGAUUUAAUGUUAUAUUUUUACUAUUUUAGGCUGAUGAUGUUUCAAUUUUAACAUCAAGAAAUAGAAGGGAGUUGUCCGUUAAAUUAAUGGCUAAAUAUUAGAAUGCAAUUUAAUUAGUAUUGAUUUCCCACCACAACUUAGAAUCCAGAAGAAAUCCAAGUUUUAGAUGUUCUUAUAUUGUUGUAUACCUUGGAUGAGAAAUCUUGGGCCUAUCAAUAUUUGUACUAAUGCAAGUUGAUAUCGAAUGAGGAGAGUUAAAGGAAUGAUUUAGAGUUUUAUAUUCCAUAGUUGAUGAAUUACUUAGUGUUUCAUGAAGAAAUGUUGAAUGUAAGAAUAACAACUAAAUUUAGGAAAAUAUUAGUUAGUUUAUACUUACUUCAUGCAUUCAGAAUUUUUACUUUGCAUAGGUUGUCUAUUGGACACUCUAUUCAAUAAGUGCUAUUGUAUUCGACAACCAAGUAACAGAAUUUUAAAAGUAACUAUAUACAUUUACCAAUAAAAUAGAGUAAGAUAGUACUUAUAAAAUCUAAUUAAAAGAAUGGUCUUGAAUCAUGAGACAAAUAAUGAAGUGAGGGAGUAAAAUGAUAAGAUAGCAGAAAUGAUAUCUACGUAUGGAACACCUUAAUUUGAUUAACAUUCUAUGAAAUGUCUAAUAUUGCCUGAACAUAUUCAAUUAUCAAAAUAUAAACCAUUAGAAUAGUAGGAAAGUUAUGAUUUUAUGUCUUGUAUCAAUUUUUGGAAUGAUAUCAUAUCAAUUUCAGAUAAAUUAAAAUUUGCUGAUCCUAAAAUAAUAUCAUUGCGAGCUGAUUUGUCCUUAAUAAACACAAGAUUGCCCGCUAAUGUGUACAUUCCAUUUGUGAAAGGUAUAGUUAUUUUAGAUUUUGAAGAUCAAUUGAGACAUUACACAAUUUUAAACAUUGUUGUUGAAGAAACCAAAAUCUUCUCCACUAAAGAAAGAGCUCCCUUUUACAUUUGUGUAGAAGUCUAUAAUGUUGAGAAGGAGGAAAGCAAAAGUGAGGAUAAAAGAGAAAGAAAGAAUUCUGAAUUCAACGUUGAACUCACUAUGUUAAGUGAUUUUAAGAGCCAAUCUAGUUUAGCUAUGUCUUAGUUUUCAACUCAAAGUUUAGGUGUCUGUAUAUAAAUGUAUAUUUAUUGUUAGCUGAAUGCUAUGAAAUAGAGUUGAGUAAAAAGGAGGAUUAGAAGAAACCCAACAAUGCAGCAUUGGAUUUUGAGAAAAUUGGAUUGGAGAUUUUUGGUGAAGACUCCAAUUAAAUAAGCGAGAGAAUUAGAUAGCAGUCUCCUUAUUGUCAUUUCAGAUCUUGGAGGUUAGUUCAUUUAAUAGUUAAAACAGGGGACAAUUUAAAAUAAGAACAAUUUGCACUCCAAUUAAUUAAUUAAUUCUAAUUGAUAUUCUAAAAAGAAAGUCUACCUUUAAAGUUGACUACUUAUGACAUUCAAUCCUUAGGACCUAGUUCAGGUAUAAUGGAGAUGAUUAAAGAUGCGGCGACAAUAGAUUCACUCAAAAAGAAGUUAAACUCUAUUGAUAAGGAUAUCACUUUGAGUCAAUUCUUUUAAAAAUACUAUGCAGCCAAUUUGCAUAAGGCUUAGAGAAACUUCUGCUGUAGUUUGGCUGCAUAUAGUUUAAUUUGUUAUUUCUUAUAAAUAAAGGACAGACACAAUGGAAACAUCUUGUUACAUAAAUCUGGCAAGAUCUUACAUAUUGAUUUUGGGUUCUUUAUCAGCAUAUCACCUGGAAAAGGAUUGGAAUUCGAAAAAAAUGUUCCAUUUAAAUUAUUGUCCGAAUACAUUGAUGUAUUGGGAGGAACAUAAUCCGAGUUGUUCAACCUAUUUAGAAAAUUAUUUUUCAAGGGGUUUGUUGCUUGUUAGAAACACUAAGAUCAAAUAUUGUUGUUAGUUAAAAUGAUGUAUAGUGGACAUGGAUACACUUUGCCAUGUUUUAGCAAAGGGGAGAGUGCUAUACAUGAUCUAGAAUCUAGAUUUAAUCCACCCUGCUCAAAUGAUGGAGAAAUAUCAGUAUUUACUUAGAAGUAAAGAUAAUAAUAAAUUAUUAGUCUAAUCAAUCAAUCUCUUGAUAAUUGGAGAGCCAAGUGGUAUGACAAAUUUUAAUAUUACUUUUAAGGAAUAUUCUAUUGA